AAAAUAGAAUUCGUUGACGUGAAACUUUGUCAAAUCAAGGAAGAAAAAUGCUGACAUUUUGUUUAGCGCUUUGUUGUCUUCCUCUUGUCUGUGAAGCAGGGUCAUACUGCUACACCUAUUCCUAUAAUGGAUACACCUCUUACACCUGUAGAUAUUACAUGUCAUACGUUGAUAGAUUUGGAAUUGCCUAUGGAACUGUAACUGGAAUUGGACUAUUGGUAGCUUUAAUUAUAUUUAUUGCCUGCAAAAGUAGACAAAGACCAAAUAACUCAACCAUACUUCUGCAACCUGGUUAUCCAGGUGUCGCUUACGCCCAGUCAGGUCAGCAGGUGAUAUUUUCUCCGCAACCAGGAAUCAUUCAGGCACCAGCACAGCAGACUACCAUCAACAGCCCUGCAAUACCCUUUUUAAACCAGCAAGGUCAGACAUCAGGGGCAGAACCAGCUGCAACAAGUACUAUGGGGGCAAUAGGAACCACACCAAUAUCACCUGAUACUCAAGAAAGCAAAAAUAAAACAAACAACCCACCGCCAUAUUGUGUGUAGAAGCGCUUGUUAACUCAUCUUAUGUGGUGUACAUAGUAAUACGUUAAGGAAGAUAGUAUCCAUGAAUUUGUUUCAAUAUUUAAUUAAGGUUUUCCAUCCCUAAUAGGACCUAAUUCUCUAUCCUGAAAUAUCCAUCAUGUAUAUAAUACUCUGAUAUAAAAUCAAAGCCUUUUACAGUAGAAAAGGAUUUACCAAGAGAAAAUUUCAAAAACGUAAUUAUCUAAGCAGUAAUUAAUUAACAGAAAUUGCAUUGAAGUCUAUGAAGACAAGCGAUAUUUUAAAAAUAAAAAUUCAAAUAAUAAAAAUAUCAAUGAAUACUGUGGUGGAAAGAUGCAUUAAAUCAUUAGAAAUAGAAUGAUAAUUGAAAACAAUUUUUUUACCGUAUAGAUUUUUUAAAAUUAAUUAUUAUUACUUAAAAAAAGAGGGAGAUAACUCUUCAACAAAGGUCAAGAUCAUAAAUUAGGACACGUUCCAUUCUUACAUGAUAAUAGUGAUAAAUGGGAAUUAUGUCUAUAUAUACUGAGUAUUCCACCCAUACACAUCUGUUAUGUAUUCAAAUUUAUUGAAUCUGAGGCUAUUAGCGAAGGAAUACCUUAAGUAAACACAUGUACAUUAUAUGGACUUGGGCAGGAGGCUAAGCCUGUUUGAGUGCUCUCCCAAGAGUAUCUUAUAUUUGUUCACAUACUAUAAAAUGUUACUUCAAUGAUCUUUUGAAAUGUUCUUUUGUAUUGUUGCUAUGAUAUUUUUGAAUAUGUUCACAAUCUAAAACAUACAAAAUCAUUUCUAUAUUCUUUUGGUAGUCGAGUCAAUUAGGCAAGCAUGUAGGCCAAACGUCAAACUAAUUGCAACAGAAAUUAUUUUGUUAUGAAUUUAAUCUAACGUACAAAAAUAAAUGAAGUAAAAUAUCCAUCAAAAUCGGAUAAAAUGAAAGAAGGAAUUUUAGUGCAAUUAAGUUACCUGAUAGAUAAGAAUUUAAGAAGAAAAGGGGCAUAACUCUGUAAAUCUAUCCAGUAGCCAAAAGAAAUUCCUGUUUCUUCAUAAAAUCGUAGUCUGAUUACCUUACAUUCUAGAUAAUAUAAAUUUCGAAUGGAUGUUUUGAAAUUAACUUUACACGUUUUUAUUUUUAUUUUUGGAAUGUUAAUUCCAAUUGAUAGUGAAUACAGAUUUUAGAAAAGAAUAAUUAUAUAGGGCCUAUAAUUUUUCCUUAAUGUAGAACCUACGUCGUAUGACGUCAAAGGUAAGUGAACGAAUCCAAAACUGUCUCAGCUAUUGAAAUUAAUGUGGUAAUGUGAAUGACAUGCAACUACAUGUAUGUUGAGGAAUGCAAAGUUGCAAAGAAAUCUUCACUUGCCUUCAAAAUAUAGUACAAUAUCUUGACGAUAUGUCGUCCAAGUCAUAGAUAUGAUAAGGAUCGUGUUUAAGGUUUGCAAUAUCUAUUAUGAAAUGAUGUGUAUUCAUUUGCACAAUUAUUUGUUAUUCAUUCAUGUGUUAACAUAUUUGAAUGUAAUUUUGCCUGCUGCUGUCUAAGAAACAUACUCUAAUAAACUAACAUAUGAAUGAAAAUCAA